AUGACAACAGGGACAUUAUCACAAAUACCAUCCAAUGAACCAUUAAUCAAAUCAGCAGAAAGUGUAUCUAAUCUAAUAGAAUCAUUUAUAGAAUUAGGAGUAUUAAUUCAUGAUAAUCAAGGUACAUUACAAUCAAAUCAAGCAACAAUAAAUAAGUUAAAUCAAUUAAUUAAUCAAUUAAAUGAAACAAAUAAUCUAAAUGAAACAUUAAAAGAUUAUCCAAUUCCAAUUGAUGUAAUUUCAUAUAUUGAAGAUGGUAGAAAUCCAGAUAUUUAUACUAGAGAAUUUAUUGAAGUUAAUGCUAAAAAUAAUGCUAGAUUAAAAGGGAAAAUGAAUGGUUUUAAACAAUUAAGAAAUGUAUUUGGAGAGAAAUUAAAACUGGAAUUUCCAGAGUUAUCAAAUAGUGUUGAUAAUAUAAUUGAAAGAACAAAUGUUGAACAACAGACAGGAUCUAAUAAUGUUAUCAACAACAAUAAUAAUACUAACAAUGGGCUAUCUAAUGGAAUAGUUGAAAGUGGAUAG